CUCGACUGUUUUUAUCUAUAUGUUAUCAAGUUCAAAAUAUAAGUUUUUAUGGAUAUGCCGUAGGUAUGAAGAAUAUGAUGAAAAGGAAAAAAAAGAAAAGCAAGAAAAAAACUAGUAGUACGGACUUUUUCAAUUAUACUAACUGCGAGGAUCUGCUAAGUAAUCGAGCCCUGAUAAGAAAUCUUAGUUACGAAAGUUCAGAUAUGAGUGCUGAAAUGAUGUGUCAGUUAUAUGAAGGUCAGUUAUCUAAGUAUACUAAUGUGAUGAAAGGCUGGCAAUUUCGUUGGUUUAUUUUAGACCCCAAAACUGGGAUCCUCAGCUAUUUUCUUAAUGAAAAUGAAAGAAAGCAAAAUCCAAGAGGUUGGAUACAUCUUGAAUCAGCUGUUAUUUCACCUAGUGAUGAAGAUUCUAACACUUUCACUGUCAAUUCUACAUCUGGUGAAAGUUUUAAAUUGAGGGCACAGGAUGCCAAAGCUCGCCAAGAAUGGGUUAAUAGAUUAAGAGCAGUUUCUCAACUCCAUGCUAGUGCAACAGCUCAGAAUAAUCCACCAUUGCCACCGAGAGAACAUCAUGCUGUGAGUCCAAAACAAUCUUCUGGUACUGGAACCACAUCACCUUCAUUAGCUUUAUGGGAAGCAUUUACUGCAGUUCGAGAACAUCUUUUUAGAGCAGAACAACAUCACCUGUUACUAUCUCGAACAAUUGAUGAACUUCCGAGCAAUGGUAAAUUAAAACAUGUUGAUCCUGAUCUUCUGAUGUUAAAAGCAUCUUCUCAUGCAAUGCUCGUUUCUUUGAACCAAUGCUUGUUUAUACUUCAACAGCAAACCCAAGAUGUUAUGAACUCUAAAGUCAAAGGUUCAUCAAAGCAUGAUCAUUCCAUUCCUCACUCUAAAAAGAAAUUUCCUAUUUGAUAAGUUUAUCUUUUCAUAGGCGUUGGAUAAAGAAAUGUGCUGUUUUAUUGAACAACCGGAUAAGAGAGAGAGUUUACUGUACUCUAUUAUAAGGUGUAAUAAAGUAAAAGUUAAUUAGUUCAGAAGUUAUAAAAUAUUUAAAAUUCAUUUAAUUUUUAAAUAUGCUAUCACCAA